AUGAUUCAUCCUAUAGAGAAGCAGCCUGAAGAAAAGAAGAAGGAUGAAGAAGCAUCGGUUGAGGAAGAGAAGAAAGAAAAGGCAAAGGAUAUUAUUGAAGUUGACAAAAGAAAUCCUGAAAAAGCCGAAAAGAAACUAUUCAAGUGGGAGCAGAAGAAAGCUCUAGAAAGACAGAACAAGCCAUUGGAUCUCUCUCCAUAUAUCAACAUUCCUUUUGCUGUAGCUUUAGAGAACAUGCCCAACUAUGCUAAAUUCAAGAAAGGUCUACUAUCAAGAAAGCGUAAGUUUCAGGAAUGUGAGACAAUAACUCUGACAGAGGAAUACAACGCCAUUAUCCAAAAGAAGUUACCUACCAAGCUCAAGGAUCCAGGGAGCUUUAGCAUUCCAUGCACCAUAGGCAAGGUUGAAGUAGAUAACGUCUUAUGUGAUCUUGGAGCUAGCAUCAAUGCCAUGCCACUCUCCAUGAUGAAUGAGCUGGGGAUUACUGAAGUGAAGCCCACAAGGACGAUAGUGCAACUGGCUGACCGCUCUUCAAAGCAAGCUUAUGGCAUCAUUGAGGAUAUACUGGUAAAGGUAGACAAAUUUAUCAUCCCUGCUGAUUUUGUCAUCCUUGAUAUAGAGGAAGAUGCCACAAUUCCAAUGAUCUUCGGAAGACCCUUCUUGGCAACUUCAGGAGCGCUUAUUGAUGUACUUAAAGAUGAGUUUAUCUUACGGGUAGACGGAGAAUAA